UUCUUCUGACUGCUUUGGCAUUGAAUGUUUUUUAUUUUGGAUGGAAGAAAUUCAAAAUAGGCAGGGCAAAAGGUGGAGAAAGGGUUGAAUGGAAUAUGAAACCCGGCUUCAUAGUUUGAAUUAACCCCUUCUCGUGAAAUGGCUGGGGAAGUUAGCUUGAAGAAAAGGAGCAAAUUAUGUAGGCAAGAAUCCAGUAAAUCUGGGAAAGACUCAGAAAAUGGUUCUGAUAGACAAGUUGCUAGUAGCAGCAAUAAUCAAGAUAAAACGAGAAGCGGUGUAAGAGUUUAUAAAAUCGUUGUGCUAGGGGAUGGGGGUGUCGGUAAAUCAGCUGUUACCCUGCAGUUUGUCAGUCACAGCUUUUUGGAUUAUCAUGAUCCUACAAUAGAGGAUUCAUAUCAACAACAAGCUGUUAUAGAUGGCGAACCAGCUCUAUUAGAUAUCUUAGAUACUGCUGGACAGGUGGAGUUCACUGCCAUGAGAGACCAAUAUAUGAGAUGUGGUGAAGGAUUUCUGAUAUGCUACAGUGUGACAGAUCGCCACAGUUUCCAAGAAGCAUUAGAAUAUAGGAAACUCAUACAAAAAGUUCGAGCAUCUGAAGAUACCCCCCUGGUUUUAGUUGGAAAUAAGUUUGAUCUCCAGAUGCAAAGAAAAGUGACUACAGAAGAAGGUAGAUCUCUAGCUAGACAGUUAGGUUGUCCCUUCUAUGAAACCUCAGCAGCUUUUCGAACAUAUGUUGAUGAUGCGUUCCAUACUUUAGUAAGGGAAAUCAGAGCCAGAGAAAGAGAGAAAUAUGGAUUCAGUAGCAAUAACCGUAAGCCUCAUAAAAAUAGUAAAUGGUGGAGAUUGAGAAGUAUAUUUGCACUUGUGUUCAAAAGAAAACGAAAUACUAGCUAUAACAGCCCAUGAAUUAAUUUUCUUGAUUACCAAUUUUUGAUUUGAAAAUUGAUUAGUUAUGUAGAUGUAUACCCAUUUAGCUUUUGACCAAUGGCAGAAAAAGAAAUUCAGAAUUUGUGGGACUUCUGAACUAAUUUAAUGCAAACGAAAUACAUGACAAUUUCUCCACUUUUGGAUGUCUUGGUUGUAUGCAAAACCUUUUUUGACAUAAGAAGUUUAAUAGGGGAAAAUGAAAUAUUUCCAAUGAUAUGAAGACUAUCUAUUUUGAAGCUUCUGUCAUAACCUUGAUCACAAACAAGUAAUUACGAAUUUGAAAAAAGUAACUAAUGUUGAAGCGAUAACCGAAUAGCCUAUUAGGACAUAUCCAUAUUGUUGUGAUUUCAGAGCCAGUUUGUACAGAGUAAGGGUAAGAGUAGAAAAUUCACAGGGUCCUUGUUUAGUAAUUUAGGUGAAACGGCAUUCAUUGGCAAGAUACCAUAAUUAAUUUCCUUUGAUAAUCAGAAGUAAUUAAGAACACAAAAACCACUUCCCAUUUGAAAGUAGUUUUUGUUUUUUAACUGAUGUCUUAGCACACUAUAUACAUGUGUUGAAAUGAUUUCAAAUGAUAUUUAUAUUUAAUUUUGGAAAUAUAUUUCCAAAGAUUGAUUAUCAUUCAAAAUGUUCAGUUGAAUGACAGGUUAUCAUAGUUAAGAAGCAGGGUGCCAAAAUUUCUAUAUGAUUUGUUUGUGAGGCAGCUAUUAUUAAUAUUGAUUUUUGUGGCAUGAGGAACAUUAAGAACCACUUUGAGUAUCAUGAGAGGCCUAUAUUGUGAAUUGAAGGCGCUUGAAAAAAUGUAAAAAUAAACAGGUAUGACAAAUCAUUUGUUUGUGUCCGCCACCUGGACUUAUGGUAAAAAUCAUACUC